AUUUUAUUUACUAGCCAGUUAGAAACUCAGACCAGAGUAGGAAAGGUCUGGGUCUGAAAAAAGAUCUGAAUUUUUUGACUACUUAUAUUUUUUUUUAAUUGUGUUUAGUUAUUUUGCUUUCAAAAUGGGUUUGUUGUAUCAAUUUCUUGGGACGCUGAUCAUCAGCACAAUGGGCAUAAACAUGGGUGUAAUCUUCGCCUGGCCAGCAUUUACCAUCACUCUCUUCCAAACGCCAAACACAACACUGGACAGACCAAUGACAGACACUGAAAUAUCAUUGUUUGGCAGUCUGUCGUCUAUUGGAGCUCUCAUUUCAACGCCAUCUGCUGGUUACAUGCUGGAACUGUUGGGCAGAAGAAACUGUUCUGUUGUCAAUUGUUUGGGAUUAGUUCUCGUCUGGGUAAUAUUAGUCUGCACAAGAAACGUAGUAGCAGUGCUGGUAUCAGUAUUCCUAUCUGGAAUCGCCAGUUCAGUCUUCCUCGUUGGUACCGUCUACAUCAGUGAGAUCUGCCAAGAGUCUAUUAGAGGAGGCAUGACUGCUUGCAAUAUGGUCUCCUAUGGGUUGGGAAUGCUCCUCUCCUAUUUGCUUGGAGGGUUCCUCUCUUAUGACGUCAUGCUGUAUGUUGGACUGUCCAUGUCCAUUGCUGGUACUUGCUGCUUGUUCAUCUUGAGGGAGACUCCUAUGUAUCUGUUGAAUAAGGGGAAGGAAAAGGAAGCAGCAAAAUCUUUAGCGUUUUACAGAAUGUGGAAAUUGAACUCGAAAGAACUUCAAGAUGAAAUGAACAACAUGAAGCGUGCACUUAAUCCGGAUCUCGGAGAUGAGACACCAGAAGAAGAAAAAUUGCAGCAAGAUAUUAAACCUGCCGCUCCAGAAAAAUUGUCACUAUGGAAGUUCAUCAAAAAAUCAAAAUCUACACAACGUUCUUUUCUGGUGAACAUGGUGGUGAUGACUGCAGCCAUCUUCCAAGGUCUGGUGGUUGUCCAGAUCUACGCGGAGCCCAUAUUCACUGAAGCGGUGCCAACAGCCUCUCCUACACUUUGCAGUGUGAUGUUAGCAGUGACAACUGUGUUGGCUGGUAUGGUCGCUGCAUACGCUACCGAUUCACUUGGAAGACGGCCCCUAAUGAUCUACGCGUCCCUAGGCAGUGGAAUAAGCUGUGUGGUCCUAGGCACUCUGAUGCAGUUCCACUGGGGACCGAGCUGGUUGACUGCUGCCUUCAUAUACGCCUUCGCAGUCAUGUACACAUGCGGAGCCGGUACUGUGCCGUUUGUACUAAUGGCCGAAACAUUCUUGCCUGAAGUAAAGAGUUUCUUCUCGAUGGUCUUAGUGGAGUACGUAUGGAUGUGCAACUUCGUGAUCCUCUUCAUCUUCAACCCUCUCCUCAAGGCCCUCGGCUGGGGUCCCGUCUUCUACAUCUUCGCCGUCAUCUGCUUUCUAAGUUCUUCUUUCUGUGUUUUCUUUCUACCUGAAACCAAAGGAUUGACUGUCGAAGAGAUCCAGACUAAAUUUACGUCCAAAAGAAAAGCGCCGAAAUUGUACUAGCUGUUGUUUAGUAUUAGUUUUAAUAAAUUAUUGUUUAGCUUUAAUUAUGUUA